AUGAAACCCGUCGUGUCGGUGUUAAAUGCGUGGUCCUGCGCGAUAAUAUCCCUCUUUGCCAUUGUCAUCCUCUCCGUCCUCGGAUCGCUAUACAAGAGGGAGCACCACGGCUUUACCGGCUCAGAAGGUGAGCCUGAGGAUGGCGGUGCAGUCGCUGCUUCGAUCUUCACAGCCGUGUUUGUAUAUAUCGCCUUUUUCCUUUUCUGUUCUUUCCAGGCCUACCUUCAUGUGCGAAGCCGCAGGGGAGGUGCGAUAUCGCUUAACUGA